UCCAUGGACAUUUUCCCCCUCCUCCUCCUGCAGGGGGAGUUUGCGUUUUUGGAAAGAGACUCCUCCCGUCCCUCUCUCUUUCUCUCCCUCUCUCUCACACACACAGAGACAGACAGCUGCUUCUGACUGGAGAAAAUAAAUUAAUUAAAAAGAAAGAUCGCUGGGGGGAGAUCCUGGGAGCACAGAUCGUGUGAAAGGAAAACUUUAAUUUUUUAGGUGUAAAACAAACAAACAGAAUAAAAAGAAGCCCGGAUAUUUCCCGCAGGAGGUGAAUGAAGGGGCCGAGGGGGAUUAACGCACGCACGGUUUGUUUUCCUUGAAGAAUACCCUUUCCAAGCGGAGCCCUGGCCACAUAAAGGGACCUUACGAGGGGAGCCGGGCUUGCACGUCGCUGUCUUCUGCUUGUCUCUGUACUGGUCCGCCGCUGACCAUGGGGGAAACUAAGAUAAUCUAUCACAUUGAUGACCAAGAGACGCCGUAUUUGGUGAAGCUGCCCAUCCCGGCGGACCGGGUCACUUUGGCAGACUUUAAAAAUGUCCUGAAUAAACCGAACUACAAGUUUUUCUUCAAAUCUAUGGACGAUGACUUUGGAGUGGUGAAGGAAGAGAUCUCGGAGGACAAUGCCAAGCUCCCCUGUUUCAAUGGCAGAGUGGUUUCCUGGCUGGUCUCGGCGGAUGGCUCUCACUCGGACGGAGGCUCGGUUUGCGCUGACAGCCAGUCGGACCUCCCGCCCCCAAUCGAGCGCACCGGAGGGAUUGGAGACUCGCGCCCGCCGUCCUUCCAUGCCAACGCCGCUGGCAGUCAGGACAACCUGGACAACGAGACGGAGACGGAGUCGGUGGUGUCCUCACGGAGAGAACGUCCACGCCGGAAAGACGGACACGAGCACGUCUCGCGGGUGAACGGACAUGCCAAGCUGGAGCGGCGUCACGACGUGGGGGGCUACGAGAGCUCGUCCACGCUGAUGAGCAGCGAGCUGGAGUCCACCAGCUUCUUCGACUCGGAGGAGGACGACUCCGCCAGCCGGUUCAGCAGUUCCACAGAGCAGAGCAGCUCCUCGCGGCUGAUGAGGCGACACAAGCGUCGGCGGAGGAAACCCAAGGCGCCGCGCAUGGAGCGGUCCUCGUCCUUCAGCAGUAUCACAGACUCCACCAUGUCUCUCAACAUCAUCACUGUGAUUUUAAACAUGGAGAAGUACAACUUCCUGGGGAUCAGCAUCGUGGGGCAGAGUAACGAGCGGGGUGACGGCGGGAUCUACAUCGGCUCCAUCAUGAAGGGGGGCGCCGUGGCCGCGGACGGGCGGAUUGAACCAGGGGACAUGCUGCUGCAGGUGAACGACAUCAACUUUGAGAACAUGAGCAAUGACGACGCGGUGCGGGUGCUGAGGGAGAUCGUUCACAAACCCGGACCCAUCACGCUCACAGUCGCCAAGUGCUGGGACCCCACCCCCAGGGGGUGCUUCACGCUGCCCAGGAGUGAGUACACAACACCCCAGGUUACAAACUGUGUAGCGUAUUGUCCUGCUUAUCAAGGUGAGCCGAUCCGGCCGAUCGACCCGGCUGCCUGGGUGUCCCACACGGCAGCGAUGACAGGGACGUACCCGGUGUACGGUAUGAGCCCUUCCAUGAGCACCAUCACUUCCACUAGCUCCUCCAUCACCAGCUCCAUCCCCGAGACUGAACGGUUCGAUGAUUUCCACCUGUCCAUCCACAGCGACAUGGCCACCAUCGCCAAGGCCAUGGCAUCGCCCGAGUCCGGUCUGGAGGUGCGGGACAGGAUGUGGCUGAAGAUCACCAUCCCCAAUGCCUUCAUAGGUUCGGACGUGGUCGACUGGCUGUACCACCACGUGGAGGGCUUCACCGACCGCAGAGAGGCGCGCAAGUACGCCAGCAAUCUGCUGAAGGCCGGCUACAUCCGGCACACUGUCAAUAAGAUCACCUUCUCAGAGCAGUGCUACUACAUCUUCGGAGACCUCUGUGGCAACAUGGCUAAUCUCAGCCUGAACGACCACGAUGGCUCGAGUGGGGCCUCAGACCAGGACACGCUGGCCCCCCUCCCUCACCCCGGCGCGGCCCCCUGGCCCCUCGCCUUCCCCUACCAGUACCCCGCACCGCACCCCUACAACCCCCCCGCCGGCUUCCAUGACCCGGGAUACAAUCACGGAGGAGGGGGGGGCAGCGCCGGGAGCCAGCACAGUGAAGGCAGUCGCAGCAGCGGCAGUGAGCAGAGGCGCAAGGAGGAUGCGGCGGCGAAGGCGAGUGGAGGAGGAGGAGGAGGAGACUCCAAAUCGGGGGGCAGCGGCAGCGAGUCGGACCACACCACACGGAGCAGCAGCAGCAUGAGGAGGGAGCGGGCGCCCAGCGAGCGCUCUGCAGCGCCCCCUAGCGAGCACAGCCUCCGCAGCCACCACUCCGCCGCGCACAGUCUCCGUAGCAACCACAGCCACGCCUACGCCCCCCCCGGCGUCCCACCCCCACACUUCCCCCCGCCCCUCGUCAUGAUGGGCCCCCCCGGAGCCCCACCCGGCCGAGACCUGGCGUCUGUGCCGCCCGAGCUGACCGCCAGCAGACAGUCCUUCCGAAUGGCCAUGGGCAACCCCAGUGAGUUCUUUGUGGAUGUCAUGUGAUCCCUACUGCUCCUUUUCCUUUCCUCCUGUUUUUUUUUUAUUUGUAGAAAAACGACAGCAGCAGCAGCAGCAGCAAAACCAACAGAACUGUUUCUCUUCGUCUUUUUCUUCUUGAUUUCUUGCUUUAACGAACUGAAAAAAAAGAAUGUGUGCUUUUAAAAAAGAACUAAAAAAAGAUCUACAAAUCUAAUACAAUGAUAAAUAAAUCAAUAAAUGAAUAGAUUACUGUAGUCCCGGCAGGGAGUGGAGAUCGAAGGCGUUGGAGUAGGAGGAGGAUUUUUACAGAACUAAUCUUUGAGAGAGAGAGCGAGAGCGAGAGAGAGAGUUGAUGUUCUAUAUGGAGAUCCUGCUUCCUCCCUCCUGUCACUGGACUGUAUGUGUGAGGAGGGUGGGGGGAGUGUGCAAAAGAAAGAAAGAGGUCUGAUUUAUCAUUAUUUCAUUUUUUUUUUUUUUUUUUUUAUAUACAGUAAAUCAGCAGCUUUGUUUUUUUAAUUGUUGUUUUUAAAAAUCGCAUUCCGUGUUCUCCACGUGGUCAUUCGCCUCCCAUCGUUCACCAGACACACUAUCAGCAUCCAUGCACUGCUUUGCACUAUCAGGGAAAACCCCUCAAGACUGAUCCCAGCUCAGAACAAUUCCCAAGGCGUGGCACUCUUGAGAGUUUGGACAAUGCGUUGAAGAAAGCGUGUGACAGAAUAGCAGUAGUACAUGGUACUGGAAACCUAGUUGUGUUGUGCAGUAGUGUUGCACAUUCUCUAGUACACACAGCCUUCACUACAAAUACAAAGCAAUACAGCACAGUGUGGUAACCUGCUUCACUGUGAAAGUCUGGACUAGCAACUGCACGACCUGCUGUGCGGAGUGAGCGAGCGCAGUGCCAUGCAUGCAGCCAGCACAGCUUCAAGCAGCCCUGUGCAGAAGAGGAGUAUUUCUCAGUAAAUGAUACCGUUGUGAUGUGUAUUCCACAUGCUGUGCUGUAAAUUCAGUAUCCUUAUGGUAGUCAUUGCGCACUCCCUUGGGUUCUGAAGUUUGGAUCAGGCCGCGGGGGUGACCUGCCGACUGUGUGGAAUUUGAACAAAGCACACCAGACCACUGACAGGCUAACUAGAUUGAGAAACGAUGUCAUUGGCCAGCUAGUAAAGAGGCGUCCCUGUUGGUAAUGAUUGGUGGAGAACGCUGGCACGUAGAACAGUUCAUGUAAAAGGGUCACAUUGGUAAGUUGUCACGAGCAAACCCUUACCUGGUUAGUUUUAUUAAAGUGUCUUCACUCCUGAACUUCGCUGUCACCUCUAUUGAUUUCUUAUUCUUCCUUUCUCUUUUUUUCUCGAGCAGCACAAAUGUCUAGUUUUGACUUUCCCUGAACCUUGGUGGCGGGGGUGGGGGUGGGGGGGUCCAAAAUGUUAUCUGCUGGAUCAGGUCACUUCCUGUAACUCCCUGUGUAGUUGCUGUGGAGACUUUGUUGUUCUCCAGAUCUCUGAAGGGGGGAGGCAGGUCCAUCGUGUGCAUGUGGUGGAUGAAAUCCGAGGCGGACUCUGUGUUUUAGAACCUUCAUGCUGUUAUUUGAGUACAAAGAAGAAAAAAAAGGAAAUUGUGAACAAAGUUGCAUUUUUUGCUAAAUUGGCAGCAGUGUUUUUUUUUGUUUUUUUUCCUAAUUCUCUUCGCAGAAACAAACCCAAGUGCUUUUGACCAGGAAACCAGACCUGUUGAAAUGGACACGUAGACCGUCCGUCCAGCGCGGUUUACCGACUCGGCGCGCAGGAAUCUUCCACAACAUUUUCAUCCUUUCCCUUUCUGUGACCAGGGUGCUCUGAGGCAGCCCUAUUGUUCGCCAUAUUGGCGAGGGUUAAUGUGCUGGCUGGACCCUGGAGAGAGGGGAGGUGAAAGGUGAAAGGCUGGCAGGGCCUGGUAGAAUACCAGUGUUCCGAGCGAUAUCUUGUUCUAUCCAUUUUUCUCUAGGGGCUGGUAAGCAAUAACCAAAAUAAAGUCUACUGACAAACUGUGAAUACAAAACCACAACCCGUUCCACCCAAGCUCUCCUCGUGCCUCUGUCCUGUCCCAGACUCUCGCAUGGUGGGAGAGACGUGGCUUAGGUCAUCCCUGUGGGGUAUUGCUUCAGUAGAAUCAGUCCUGGUUGUUAACAAGAUACAGUAGCAUUGUGUACAAGUGUGCUUUAGCUUUUUAAAAUUCUGUAAGAAAAGCCUGGGAAAACAAACAAAAAAAAAUGGUACUAAAUCAAAAAUAUGUGGCAGAGCACAAAAGGGUGCUCAACUGGACAGUCCAAUACAUUGCAAUACACUGCAAUACACAUUGCAAAGAAAUGAACUGAACUGGACGAGGCUGAACACCGCAGGAGGGUUGAGGGGGGAGGGGGGGGCUGAUUCUUGAUACCCGGGCUGGUAAGGUAUGAUUCUGUCCCUGAAGGAAAUGUGUCUAGCUGUUUUCUUUCAUUCGAUUCCAGAUGAUUUAUUCUACCCUGGCUUGGAAGGUAGUUUACAGUUGUUUAAAAUAAGAACUAAUUUAAAUGUGUACUGAUGUGGUGUUUAGCAUUCUCUCUUUUUAAUUUUAUAUAAAAACACGAUUACUCCCAAAUUCAGUUUGACGUCUUGACUGGUUUGACGGGGGGUGCAGUGGGGGGUGGUAUUUGGCGCCCGCCCCUCCCUGAGAGAUGCUCAUUGUAAACACUGUAAAUGAUUGGUCUCUUUGGAAACUGAAAGCCUGACUCCCCACAGCCCUGGAGAGCCUAGCUGUCUUCACUCUGAAAAUCCCUGUCUCUGUGAAGCACUGUCUCACUGUACGCAGAAACACAUUGAUACUGUCUGUUCUGAAUCCUGCUCCAGAUUUUAAGAGGCAUGAGUUGCAAUGCAAAGCGUCCCCCAGUUCUUGACUAGGACCUGCAUGUCUGUGACACGGCUACUUGUGUAAUUACAUUGCAGUAACACUGCGUGGAUGUCCUUUCAAACUGAGGCUUACCUUUCAUUGUGUCUGCAUGCACACGUGGCCUUACGCUGCUGCCACCUGCCCCUGUGAGUUGGUAUUGCAGUUUGAGACAUCAGUGCAACUACUUGCUCAUUCCCCCUUUCUUAAGUGUCAGCUUGGGUUCCGUGGCUGCCAUUGAAGAGACUGGCUCCCAGUUUAACCUGAGAGAACCUGUGCUGUAUUUGCACUGAUGGCUUUAAGGAUCAUUGCGCUGGAAGUAUCCGGUUCAAAAGCAUUCGGAAUGUAACGGAGUUGGAUUUCAUGGUGGUGGGGAUGUGCUAAAUAAGAAAUCAAGAAUUGUAAUGCCUUUACAUUACAGCUGUAACUGACUAGAAAUAGCAUUUCACUUGUGUUUCUGUUUGAAUUCUUUUCACACUUUCAGAAUAUCACCAGAUAGAAUGCUAUUCCAUAUCGCAGGGGUGUCCAAUCCGUCCUGGUAAAAUGAUAUAAUGAAUUAGUCCAGGGUCUGGUUCAAGCAAACACUUCACAACAUGGGAACCAUUGUGAUGCUGUUCUUCCGGAAUGGAAUGUGCGGAACAUUCCGGAAUGUGGAGUCAGGGUUUGGAAGCAGCCAGACAGCAUGGCUCGUGAUUUCUUUCCACAUGCACACGGUACGACACUGUCACCUGAUCUGGGGCACCAAUGGGAUGUGCUGGAUCUGCAAACCUGUCCUUAUCAAUGUGUAUCUUCAAAUUCCAUGUUUUCUAUAGAUUUAUUUUUUUCUCGUACCAUAAACAAACAUCUGUAUCACUGUAUGCUUUUUACACAGCUUAACACAUUGCUUCAUUGUGUAACAUCAUUGUAAACCUUUCUCCGAGUACCUAUAGUUAGUUUGUUUUUUAAUUUUGUAUUAACUAUUAGCGACUGAUAUUGUAUAGUGAUCAACGGUUCAGUUUCAUACAUGCUGUACUGUAUGCUGUUUUAUGAAAAAAAAAGUAUUGUUUUUAUUUAUAAACAUAGUUUUAUUGCCUAAA